UUAGUGUCACUUAGUUCUUGGACUUCACCAGUCAAGCCCUGUCGACCGCUAAUGUCUACAAGAAACCCUCUUCUUCUCUUCUCCUUUCUCUUAUGCUCUAUCUUCAACAUUUCUCUCAGUUUCUUGACCGGCAAGUCUCCGAGAUUCGAUCAACCGAAGGAGAGAUUCGACGAGUUAUGGCUCCCGGGUGAAGAUGAUCCGAUAAGCGCAUUGCAAACGAGACGUGAGCGUCGUGAGGGUUGCGACUAUUCUGUCGGGAAAUGGACCUAUGAUCCCUCGUAUCCGCUCUACGACUCGGACUGUCCGUACCUCAGCUCCGCGGUGAGUUGCCAGAGAAAUGGACGCCCUGACUCCAACUACCAAAAAUGGAGAUGGAGGCCAAAGGCCUGCUCCGUUCCAAGGUUCGAUGCAUUGGGAUUUCUGGGGAAGAUGAGGAGAAAAAGGAUAAUGUUGGUGGGAGAUUCAAUAAUGAGGAACCAAUGGGAAUCUCUUAUCUGCUUGAUCCAAGGAGUUAUCCCGACCGGUCGUAAGAAAGUCACGUACAACGGUCCAACGAUGUCUUUCCACGCUUUGGACUUUGAGAUGUCAGUAGAGUUCUGCUGGGCCCCGCUGUUGGUGGAACUGAAGAAAGAAGGAGACAACAAAAGGGUUUUGCAUCUUGACUCAAUCGAAGACAAUGCCAGAUACUGGCGUGGUGUAGACAUCCUCGUCUUUGAUUCAGCUCACUGGUGGACCCACUCCGACAAAUGGAGCUCGUGGGAUUAUUACAUGGAUGGAAACAAGGUGUUCAAAGCUAUGAACCCUAUGGCUGCCUAUGAGAAAGGACUGAGCACGUGGGCUAAAUGGGUGGAGGUAAAUCUUGAUCCACGCAAAACCAAGGUUAUUUUCAGGAGCAUGUCGCCCAGACACAACAGAGAGAGCGGGCGAAGGUGCUACAACCAGAGGCAACCAUUGCCAUACUUCAGCAAACCACACGUUCCCGGGCAGUUGAUCGUGUUGAAAGAGGUGUUGAGGAGGAUGAAGUUUCGGGUAUAUUUGCAUGACAUCACGACUAUGUCAGCGUAUAGGAGAGAUGGUCAUCCAUCGGUGUACAAGAGAGCGAUUGGACAGGAAGAGAAGCGCCACAUUGCGGAAGCUCCAUCAGAUUGCAGCCACUGGUGCUUGCCUGGAGUUCCUGACAUUUGGAACGAGAUGCUCUCUUCUAUCCUCUUUUCCAAUGUUGUCUGAGUUUGUGUUGAAAGUUGCUCUUGCUCUUAUUACCGCUUGUUUGACCGUUUUAACAAUGUUGUCUUUCGUUUAUUAUGUGCCUUUCGAAAUGUUAACUGAUAUGAUAUUUUGUACGGAA